CCGAAACCACCGGCCUGGAGUCGGGAGUCGGCUCCCGGGAUCCCGGGCCUGCGAGCCGCCGGAUUCUGGCCGUUCCGCCCACUAGCUAGGGCUGAGUAGGAGCGGAAAGGGGGCGUCUGCCCCCCCUCUGGGGGGGCAGGACAGAGCCCCGGGCCGGGCACCGCCUGGUACCUGGGUGAUGCCAGUGUCCUGGUUCCUGCUGUCCUUGGCGCUGGGCCGCAGCCCGGGGAUCCUCGCCCUCGAGAGGCUGCUGGGGUCCCAGGACACCGUCCGCUGCUCCCCGGGCCUGUCCUGCCAGCUCUGGGACGGCGACGUGCUGUGUGUGCAGGAGCGCCUGGUGCCCGCCCCCGGCCCUGUGCUGGUGCCCACUCAGCUGCAGACAGAGCUGGUGCUCAGGUGCCACCAGAAGCACGACUGUGACCUCUGUGUGCGCGUCACCCUCCACCUGGCCGUGCUCGGGCCUUCCGAAGAGCCUGAAGGUGAGGCCGAGUUGGCGAGAGCCGCCCCAGCGCCUGAGGUGCCCGCAAACGGCUCUGUCCAGGCCCACGUCGUACUGUCCUUCCAGGACUACCUGGUCUCCCGCUGCGCCCUGCUGGAGGUGCAGGUGCCCGCGGCCCGUGCGCAGCCUGGACAGUCCGUGGGCUCCCUGGUGUUUGAGUGUUUCGAGGCCACGCUGGGCGCCGAGGUGCAUGUAUUUGCCUACACCCUGCCCCGGUACCAGCAGGAACUGAGCCUCACGCGGCAGCUGCCCGACUGCAGGGGGCUCGGAGUCCGGGACAGUGUCCAGAGCUGUCGGGCCCUGCCCUGGGUCAGCGUGUCCGCGGACGGGGAUGAGGUGCAGCUGCAGCUGGACGUGUCUGAGGACCAGCGCUUCGGCCUCUCCGUGUACCUGAACCAGAGCCGGGGCGCCCCCCGACGCUGGUGGGCCCGAAACCUGACUGGGCCUCAGACCAUCCCGCUGAGCCCCCAAGACCUGCUUCCUUGCCUCUGUGUCCAGGUCUGGCCUCUGGAGCCUGACUCCAUCCGAACGAGCACUUGCCCCUUUGGGACAGACCCACGUGCGCACCGCAACCUCUGGCAAUCUGUCCGAGUGCAGCUGUUGCCCCCGACGGGCUGGAGGCUGGACGCGCCCUGCCCGGUCUCUGCUGUGGCCGAGCUGUGCUGGCAGGCUCCAGGCGGGGGCCCCUGCCAACCACUGGUGCCGCCACUGUCCCCAGAGAAUGUCACUGCCAACAGGGCCCUUGAGUUCCCGCUGCUGGAAGGGCACCCCAACCUGUGUGUCCAGGUGAGCGGCUGGGAGGGGCCGCCGCUGCUGGAGUGCCUGUGGGCAGACUCGCUGGGCCCUCCCAAGACGGAUACGCUGCUGGUGGAGACGCGAGGGGCGCCCGGCAACGGCUCGUUCUGUGCCCUGGACGCCCGUGGCUGCACCCCGCUGCUCGGCAGGGCCUCCCCGAGGACAGCGCAUAUUGGGCAGCAGAUUCUCCAGGACCUGCGGGCAGGCCAGUGUCUGCAGCUGUUCCGAGAUGACCUGGUGGUGCUCUGGGCCUGCGCCAUGGACAAGUAUGUCCACCGGCGCUGGGCCCUGGUGUGGCUGGCUUGCCUGCUGCUUGCGGCCGUGUUCGUCGUCCUGGGGCUCCUCAAGAAGGACCCAGUGAAAGGGUGGCUGAGGCUCCUGAAGCUGGACGUCGGCGUGGGGGGGGGCACCCGGGCCCGCGCCGCGCUGCUGCUCUACUCGGCGGACGACGCGGGCUUCGAGCGCCUGGUGGGCGCCCUGGCGUCGGCGCUGGGCCAGCUCCGGCUGCGCGUGGCCGUGGACCUGUGGAGCCGGCGGGAGCUGGGCGCGCUGGGGCCGCUGGCCUGGGCGCACGCGCGGCGGCGCCAGACGCUGCAGGAGGGCGGCCUGGUGGUGCUGCUCUUCUCGCCGGGCGCCGUGGCGCUGUGCCGCGAGUGGCUGCAGGCCGGGCCGCCGGCCGCCGUGGCCGCGCCGCAGGCCGCCUUCGCCGCGGCGCUCAGCUGCGUGCUGCCCGACUUCCUGCAGGGCCGCGCGGCCGGCCGCUACGUGGGCGCCUGCUUCGACGGGCUGCUGGCGCCCGCCGCCGUGCCCGCGCCCUUCCGCGCCGCGCCGCUCUUCGCGCUGCCCGCGCAGAUGCCCGCCUUCCUGGGCGCGCUGCUGGGCGCGGCGCGGCCCGCGCGGCUGCGGGCGAGCGCCGAGCUCGUGGCGCGGGCGCUGCGGCCCGCCCUGGACAGCUGCGUGCGCGCGCGGGGGGGCGCGGGCGGGGGCGAAUAAAGGCGCCGCUGAACCCUACGCUCGGCUGCAGCGUGUCUCUCCGGGAGCCCCCGCGGGCCGCCGCGGGCCCAGGACGCGCCGGCAGGUGCGCACGCCCGGCGCCGCCGCGGGUUGGCU